AUGGCGACAAAAAAGCCCAUGAAUGCGAAUGAUGAGGAUCUCGUUGAUGGAAUGGAAGGAGUUGGCCAGCCCAUCGACCAAGCUACCUCCAUGUCCUAUUGCCUGCAAAGAUAUCGUCUCGCUGAGCUUUGUCGCGAACUUACUGACAGCGAGCCAUUUCCACACACUGGAUGUGGACCAACAAACUACCAAAGAAUACUGGAUAUUGACGCAAAAAUGAUUGAAUUCCUUGAUAAUCUACCGCCGUUCUUUUCCCUCAACUUUGAGGCCGACCAUCUGCCUGACUCGGAUCCACGCAGAUCGACCUCGAUCACUGUUCAGCGAUACAUCCUCAACUGCCUCGCCAAUGCCCAAAGGUGUCGCAUACACCUACCAUACUUGACCAAGAUCGCCAAAGACCCAAAGUACCUGUACUCGAGAAAUGCGUGUCUCGAGGCGGCCAGAAUGGUAAUUCGCACCGAGCGAAAGCUAAGGACCGAGAACCUACCAUUCAUGCUGAUGCCACUGAAAUCCUCUGGUAUCCUGCACUGCGUAUGCAUGGGAAUCAUUGUGCUAUUGAUGGACAUCUGCCUCAACAGGACUUUUCAGACAGGUGACGACCGAGAAAUCCGCAUGGAGAUCUUCGGCGCAUUCUCCGUUCUAGAGGAGGCAAAGGGUCAAUCACCAUUUGCAGAGAGAAUUCUGGGAUCGUUCUACAGAGUCAUACAGCGAUACAAUAUCCAAUAUGUUCCGUCUGAAACAAAUCCACUACCACGACCCAAGGGAAAUACCGAAAUCGACCAGUCAUCGGUACCUGCAGCUCAAGAUGUUCCGACGACGUUGCCAGAACAAGAGGCUAUCUUCGAGGUGGACGACCCCACACUUCCUUCUUUCAAUGAUUUUUUCGAAGAAUUCAGCGCCAAUGUUGAUCCAGGCACCCUUGACUGGGACGCAUUGUUUCCCGGACUUGAAUCGACAUUCCUAUCGAUGUGA